AUGGUUACGAUGAGCCAUCUGCGCGGAAUUUCUUCGAUUUUAACGCGAUGUUUAUCGUCGGUUCAGCAAAAUAACGCCCAACAGCAAAUUCACCAACUGUUAACUGGAAGAUUUCCUAAGGCAAGCGUUAACGUUGUUGAUGUAUCUGGAGGAUGUGGUGCAAUGUUUGAGGUAUUUGUGGAAGCCGUAGAAUUUGAAGGAUUGUCCACUUUAAAGCAGCAUAAAUUGAUAACACAAACAUUAAAAGAGCAAAUAAAAAAUAUGCAUGGUGUCCGCAUACAUACAUCAAUACCAAAAGCUAAAUAAUAUCAAGUCUACAAAUCAAAUUUCUAUGCCUUGGCCAAAGCAAACAAGUUGUUAUGUAGUUUUAAUCUGCUUUCAGAAACCUUGUGAAUGUACGAUAAGGCAACAGGAAUCAAACAGGGUGUCUGAAAUAUAUUAUUCGAAAGUAAUUUCUAUAGAAAUGUUAACAAGUUGAAUACGCAAUAAAAAAGAAAAUUACUCUUCA